CCGAAUAGAGUCCUCUCAGCCGCCAGACGGCGCAGCGCACAGAGCCUUAGACUCUAUGGUCGCUCCCAUGAGGAAGCGCGACCAGGAACCUCCUAUAUACUUCCGUUUCCGGCCUAUCAUCUUCCUUUCCCUGCUGAUAGCUCUCGCAGACAUGGUGAACGUUCCUAAAACCCGCCGAACUUUCUGUAAGAAGUGUGGCAAGCAUCAACCCCACAAAGUAACACAGUACAAGAAGGGCAAGGAUUCUCUGUAUGCACAGGGAAAGCGGCGUUAUGACAGGAAGCAAAGUGGCUACGGUGGGCAGACUAAGCCAAUUUUCCGAAAAAAGGCUAAGACUACAAAGAAGAUUGUGCUGAGGCUUGAAUGUGUUGAGCCUAACUGUAGAUCUAAGAGAAUGCUGGCUAUUAAGAGAUGCAAGCAUUUUGAAUUGGGAGGAGAUAAGAAGAGAAAGGGUCAAGUGAUCCAGUUCUAAUCUUCAUAUUUUGUUUGAUUAUAUGACAAUAAAAUCAUGGAAGGAGCUCUGUGAUAUGACAAGCAGGAUUACAGGCCACUCCUUGACCCAGGGAAGCAAGACUGAUGGUGUAAGAACGAGGUCCACCAAUCUCCUGCAGGUUUACCACAGCCACCGCCCAGGCUAACUCCGAGAGAGGGCGUUCCCAUACCUCAAUGUUGUCUUCCUGAAAAGCAAGUCAAGAAAAUAGGUGUGAUAGCUUGGUAACUAGCAGUAAGCUGCCUUGUAGCAUUCAGUCUUAUUGUCCAAACUACCAAACACUUCUAGGAAAAAUUAAAGUUAUCUUGUAGCAUG